CUUUGCACACUUCAUAGCUUCCAAAUCCUGUUCGCUCUUCGUUUCUUUCUUCUGAGUUCGGCUCUCACUCUGCGAUUUACGAUCCAAAUUCAUUCUCACGACGAUGGGUGAUCCUUCAGCUGAAACCCAGAGAACCUUGUAUCCGUAUGUAACUGGUUCCUCCGUAGUCGCCCUCAAAUACAAAGAUGGGAUUCUUAUGGCUGCUGAUACCGGAGGCUCAUAUGGAUCUACUCUGCGGUACAAGAGCAUUGAACGUUUGAAGCCUAUUGGAAAACAUUCACUUCUCGGUGCCAGUGGGGAAAUAAGUGACUUUCAGGAGAUUCUACGCUACCUUGAUGAACUUAUCCUUUAUGACAACAUGUGGGAUGAUGGGAAUUCUCUAGGGCCUAAGGAGGUGCACAACUAUUUAACUCGGAUCAUGUAUAAUAGACGCAACAAAUUCAAUCCAUUGUGGAACUCACUUAUACUUGGUGGUGUGAAGAAGGGGCAGAAGUACCUUGGCAUGGUCAGCAUGAUUGGUGUGAAUUUUGAAGAUAAUCAUGUAGCAACUGGACUUGGAAAUCAUCUUGCUAGGCCAAUUCUACGUGAUGAGUGGCAUGAAAACUUGACUUUUGAAGAAGGUGUCCAGUUACUCGAAAAAUGCAUGCGUGUGCUGUUAUACCGUGAUAGAUCUGCUGUCAACAAGAUUCAGAUAUCUAAAAUUACUGAAGAAGGUGCAACUGUUUUCCCACCAUUCUCAUUGAAGACAUAUUGGGAAUUCUCUGCUUUCAAGAAUCCAACAGUAGGAGCUGAAGGUUCAUGGUAGUAGGCUCAAUGUGAAAUGGAAAGAGACAAUUUAAAUGGAUGGGAUGAAUCAGCCUUCUGAAUUUAAAUGAUACUUCAUUUUGUGUUUAUAUUUUCAUGAUCAUUUGGAUUUACCUGUUUCUAUAUAAUUUAUCAGUUCUGUUUUCUUUUUGGCAUUAUUCAUCCCCGAUUCCUUCAUUCAAAUGCUACAUGCUUAAGCCUAAACCCACGAACAUGCGGAUUUUAACGCUUGAACAUUCCUUCUUUUAAGAUCUCAGUUUUAUUUUA